AUGUCUUCUUCCAAUGCCAGCCAUCAGAGAGAUAGAAUAUCUACACAGCAAUACCAAUGUGAUCAAUGUGUCUUGUUUUUUGAUAACUACCAGAAGCUGCAAAACCACAAGAGAAUUCACAGAGGAGAUUCAGCAACAAUGACUGAAAUUGACCAGUCUAUUCUGGAUGAUGUUGACAUGUACCAUGACGAAAAUGAUACUAGUAAUGAAGAUGAAUCUUCUAUGGAGCUUGAUAAUACUAUUUCAUAUAAGUGCGCAUGUAAUUUUGAGGACAGUGAGGGUGAAGCUCACAUUUACAACAGCAGCCAAAUCAGUACAAAUACUUUUACCAAGGCCGAGUUAAUGAGUAUUCAUCUGUCUCAAUUGAUGCUACAGCAUAGAAUUGCUAGAGCAGCAUAUAGAGACAUUGUUCAAUUUAUAAACACUGUCAUCCGAGACCAUGACAAUAUAAUGAUGGAACCUGGGGCUAAGAUCAGUCAUGGCGAAACUGUUGAUGCUUUGCUCAAGUCAAAGUCAAGUGUCAAGAGCCAUGAGUAUGAUGAAUCUUGUGUUGACUGCGGCAAACCGCAAUACAAGACUGAUCCCAAUCAAAGUCAGACACCAGCCGCCAGUAUGAAACUUAUGUCAGUUGGGGAUAUGCUUUCUCAAAUGUUGGCAGAUCCAGCCACAAGAGAGCUCCUCUGUUACAGAGCAAACCGGGAAUCUGUAGCUGGUCAGCUAACUGACAUUUUUGAUGGUGACAAUUACAAGCAGUUGGUACAGCAGGGCCUGUUCUCCAAUCCCGAUGAUAUUGCCAUUGGGCUUUAUACCGAUGGGUUUGUCAAUCAAAAGAAAGGCAAAAACUCAUAUACCAUCAUCCAUUGCAUAAUAUUCAGCCUAGACCCAUCCAUCAGACAGAAUGGCAUGUACUUUGAUGACAUUUCCGCCCGGUUAAGACCUUUGGAAGACUUCAAAGUAGGCAACUCUUCGAAGAACAUAUACCAGCCAAGCAUAUAUACCCAACUCUCAACCUUCUCUGGAUCAUCAUUUUUUGCAUUAGAUGAACUUCAUUUAAUUGCAAGAGGGAUUGGAAAGCUUGUGUAUGACCUGAUUACCGUCACCCUCACAAAGGAAACCAAAUUUUAUUAUACCCAUCCAGACAAUACCCUCAAUACCACCGAAUACCCUUUUCAUAUACCAAGAGCAGACCUUGUAACAAUUGGAAACUGUAUCACCAGCUCACAAAAAUAUAUACCCACCUCAUUUCAAGGCAGUUUCGACAACAUAUUUGCCAAGAUCGAUGGUACUCACGCUGUGGACUGGCUUGACUUUCUCUUAUAUCUUGUCCCCACUUUGGUCGUGCCUUAUUUACCAAAUAGGGCUGUCAAAACAGCUCUAUUAUCUCUUGUGAAAGGUUGUGCACUUGCCUUGCAAUGGACGUUGACAUCAGAAUUGCUUGAUGAGAUGGAGUCAUACUUCAAGCACUGGCACUCGUUUUUAUACCAACAACAGCAGGGCCCCCUGCGAUGCUACUUCACUCGCUCAAUGGAGAGAGUAAUUGGUGUCUUCUUGAAAUUGAUAAAGUCCAAAUCAAAGGGUGGCCGAAACGCCAGUUUUCUCGUUGAGCAAUUUGCGAUUCACAAUUAUACCAGCAUGGCAAUCAGCAUCUGUGAUGAAAUCAACCUCAUUUGGCUAAAGCUAUAUGGAAGAGAGAGCUACAUGGACCUUCCUAAUGAUCCUAGUGGUGCGCAGUUGUGGGAGCUGUUUCAUCAGUUUGUUAAUUUGAACGAUGAUUUGGUGGAAGGUGUAGGCGGCCCUAGUGUGAAGGAAGCUUUAUUGAAAUACUACUGGAGAACAACAGGCUUGACUGGCCACAAGUUUGGUGACUCUGUUGUUGUUGUAGCUGCACGUCUGUGGAUGGACUUGACUGUAUAUUCCUCAUGCAUGUACCGAAGAAAGAAAAACGAGACCAGUCGUGGCAACCAUUACGUGAUGUUUACUUGCCCCUAUAGAAACAACCGUAAUGUAAUUGUUCACAGCUGGCUCAUCAGUACAGUACAGUUCUACUUUCAGCAUGUAGAUUUCUAUGGCUUCCCACACUUUCUUGCUUUUGUGGAGGUCAUGAAGGAACAUGACGCAGAUGGCCAUGACUCAUCAGUACCUAUUGUCAAACAACAGUCACAAAGCACCCAUACACUAGGCCACCAAACGCAACCGACUUAUGCAGUUAUAAGUGUAAAUGACAUUUGUCAUCAAGUUGGUCUGGUCCAAUACCCACCAAAUGGAAACCAGUUUUAUGUAAUCGUGCCCUAUUAUAUCUUUAACAAUAACAUGCGCAUUACUAAAGGCAAUCUUUCCAUUCUGUAA